AUGCAAAAGCGUUGCAGCUCUAACGCGAACGCUCUUGCUUUUGAACAGAAGGAAGCCCCCGCCAAGGCCGUCAACCCUCUAUUCGAGAAGAGGCCAAAGACCUUUGGCGUCGGCAGCACCCAUGCACCGAAGCACGACCUGCACAGAUAUGUCAGGUGGCCCAAAUACGUGCGCAUCCAGAGGCAACGGCGCGUCCUCAAUCAGCGGCUGAAGGUGCCCCCGGCACUGAACCGGUUCACAAAGACAGCGGACAAGAACCUGGCAGAGACAGUGUUCAAGCUGCUGCUCAAGUACAGGCCGGAGGACAAGGCAGCCAAGAAGGCUCGCCUGCUCAGAGAGGCGGAGGCGCGUGCGGCUGGCAAGGAGGCUGAGAAGAAGAAGCCUCUGGUGGUCAAGUUUGGGCUGAACCACGUGACUCACCUGGUGGAGACUGGCAAGGCGGCGCUUGUGGUCAUCGCGCACGACGUGGACCCCAUCGAGCUUGUCGUGUGGCUGCCCGCCGUCUGCAAGAAGAUGAACGUCCCCUACAUCAUCGUCAAGGGCAAGGCACGUCUGGGGACAGUGGUGCACCAGAAGACGGCGGCGGCGCUCGCGCUGACGGCGGUGAAGAGCGAGGACAACCGCGAGCUGAGCAAGAUUGUGGACAGCGCCAAGACCAGCUUCAACGACGGCCCGCGCGUGUCGUGGGGAGGCGGCAUCAUGGGCCCCAAGUCCCAGGCCAAGGCGCGCCUCCGCGAGAAGGAGAUGCAGAAGGAGCUCGCCCAGCGCCUGGGCUGA